AUGCCCUUUAUUUCUCAAUCGUCAAAAAGUCAAGCUGAGCUGACGAUAAGUAAAAUGUUCUCCGAUCUACUACCAUCAUCAACAAAAACAAAUGCAAAACCAAAAGCAAAAGCAAAUUCCUCUUCCUCUUCAUUAUCAGCUACUCAAAUUCUCUCUCAGCAACUACAAAGCCAGCCAAAUUUUACCCCCAAAGCAAUCAAAAAAAACAGAAGCACGUUGAAAAAACAGCAAAAGAAGAAACAGAAACAAGAUCAAAGGUUUCAAAAAUUCAUAAAGUAUAACAUGAUCAAAUCAAAGCUGAUCAAUAAUCCAGAUAAGUUGACUGUCGAAGAAGGCAAUUAUUUGAAAAAACUAACUAAAAGAAAUAUAAACGAGCUACAGAAAUUGAACACUAUUGACGAUUUCGAAAUCAACGAAGAAAUGAAUCUGGUGAAGCAAGAUUUAUUGAAAGAUUUAGCACCAGCAAAGAACAAACAAAGAUUAAGAAAGAAACUCUUAAUUGCAAAUAAUAGCAAGGGGAAAAAUAGCGAUGAUUUUGGCGAUUUUAUUGAUUUUGACGCCAAGGUCAAAAAGGGAUGGAUUUCUGUACCUGGCUUAACUCCAGGGUUGGCGCCUAUUGACUACGAUGAAGAGGAUGACCUGACCUAA